AUGACUGUAAAAAAGAACCCGUUGUUGAUUCAUAGACGAGAGCAUGCUGAGGCACUUCUUGAAAAAUACGACAAUUUUUUAUUUGACUGUGACGGCGUGAUCUGGCUCGAUGAAAAAAUCAUAGAAGGAGUCAAAGAUACCUUAGAAUUCUUGAAGAAAAACGGCAAGAAGUUCGCCUUUGUUACGAACAACUCCUCCAAGUCGCGUCAAGAGUACUUAGCCAAAUUUUCCUCGCUUGGCAUCCAAGGAGUCACCAAAGAUCAUAUUUUCCCUACUUGCUAUGCCGCUGUCCAAGCUUUGGAAAGUGAUCUUCAAGUGCCAAAAAAAUCCAAAAUUUGGGUUUUAGGCGAUUCUGGAAUCGAAGAUGAGCUCGAGGAAGCUGGAUAUAUACCUGUUGGUGGCACAGAUGCUCGUUUGAACCAGGCAUUUCGUGCUGACCAUGAAUUUCUAACUGUAGACCCUGAGGUUCAAGCUGUGGUUGUAGGUUCUACCAAAGAGUUUAACUAUAUGCGUAUCGCUCUGACGCUCCAGUAUUUGCUUUGGAAGAAUAAGACCAUCCCGUUUAUCGGCUGUAACAUCGACCGUUCCUAUCCGGGUCCCAAUGGACUCAUCUUGCCCGCCGGAGGCAGUGUCGUUAACUACAUGCAAUAUACAGCCGAUAGGGACUUCAUCAAUGUCGGUAAGCCAAGUAAAGUAUUUUUGGAAGCUAUACUCGCUAAAAAUGGUUUUGAUCGACUGAGAACUCUUAUGGUAGGUGACACGUUAUACACAGAUAUCAAGUUUGGCAAUGACGGUCAGCUUGGUGAAGGCUGUGGGUCGCUUUUGGUGCUUACUGGAGGAACUACGCCAGAGUACUUGCACCAGUUUUUACAAAACCCAAACCACUACGACGAGGGUGAAAGCAUGAUUCCUCUGUACGUAAUUCGCUCGCUUGGAGAUUUUGUCGACAUCAUACAGAGCUGA